GAGCUCUGAGGAUGCUCCGCUGAACUGGGAGGGAAUACAUUCGCUUGGAGUUUGCAUUGAGAGCUCAGCCAUUGCCAGCUGUAGAACAGGGACUCCUCUGCAGAAUCAUUUUCCACACCCAGUGCUUGUUGACUCCUCUGCUCUCUCCGCUGCAGCCAUGAAUUAUCUACGCCGGCGUCUCUCGGACAGCACUUUCAUCUCCAACCUGCCCAAUGGCUACAUGACAGACCUCCAGAGGCCCGAGCAAGCUCAGCCUCCUCCACCUGCCACCACCACCCCUGCCAAGUCUCCAACAACUGGACCCUCAUCGCCAGCCACGUCCCCUGCACCCGAGAAAAAACCCCAGCCACCUCAGUCCACCGGAGCUGGUUUCUUUAGCUCCAUCACCAACGUUGUGAAGCAGACAGCUGCCUCAGCAGGGCUGGUGGAGCAGACCCAAGUCACGACACCUAAGAAGUUCAAGAUUCUCCUGGUAAUUGACGAGCCACAACAGGAGUGGGCAAAAUUAUUCCGUGGAAAGAAGGUUCUUGGAGAUUAUGACAUUAAAGUGGAACAGGCUGAAUUCAAUGAGAUCAACGUUGUGGCUCACGCCAAUGGGACCUGCAACGUUAACAUGCAAGUUCUCAGAAAUGGCACCAAGGUGAUGAGGUCGUUCAAGCCAGACUUUGUCCUCAUUCGCCAACAUGCAUUCAGUAUGACCCAAAACGAGGAUUUUCGCAACCUGAUCAUUGGUCUGCAGUAUGGAGGUGUCCCGAGCAUCAACUCCCUCGAGUCCAUCUACAACCUGUGUGACAAGCCUUGGGCGUUUGCCCAGCUAAUCAAUACCCACAGGAAGCUUGGUGCUGAGAAGUUCCCUCUGAUUGAGCAGACAUUUUACCCGAACUACAAGGAGAUGGUAAGCAUGCCAUCGUUCCCCGUUGUAGUGAAGAUCGGACAUGCCCACUCUGGCAUCGGGAAGGUGAAGGUGGACAAUCACAGUAAGUUCCAGGACAUAGCCAGUGUUGUGGCUCUCACGCAGACGUACACCACCACAGAACCUCUUAUUGACUCCAAAUACGACAUCAGAAUCCAGAAGAUUGGCACUGACUAUAAGGCUUACAUGAGAACAUCUAUAUCUGGCAACUGGAAGACCAAUACUGGCUCAGCUAUGCUCGAACAGGUGGCUAUGACUGAAAGGUACAAGCUGUGGGUGGACACUUGCUCAGAGAUUUUUGGGGGUCUGCUCAUUUGUGCAGUCAAAGCUAUCCAUGGGAAAGAUGGCAAAGAUUACAUCACAGAGGUGGUGGGCUCUGCUAUGCCCUUGGUAGGGGAGCACCAGGCCGAGGACAGGCAGCUCAUCGCUGACAUGGUGCUGGCAGAGAUGAACCAAUCAGCAGAGAAGGACACAAAUGCUCCCCAGAGACCCACCACUAUACAGCCGUCCCAGGGAGCUGGCCAGAAGGGAGAGGUUGUCGGUGAACUGACUAAAAACGGCGCCGGACGCCCGCCUCAAGGUUGUCUGCAGUACAUUCUCGACUGUAAUGGCGUCGCAGUGGGUCCAAAACCAGUCCAGGCCAACUGAGUCACCCAGGAGAAAAAGGGGGAGGUCUCAGAGUCAAGGAAACAAAGGUGUACCUUAGCUGGACACAAGCGCAGACAAGUGUAUGGAUGCCAACAGCUAGAAUCAGAUCUGGGUGACGUGAGCUUGGUACAGCUGAGUGCUGGCCUGGACUGUGUUUUUAACUCUAUGCAGUGUCAAAAUGUACUGUCUACUUGUUGACCUGUUGAUUUGUGUGCUUGUAUUGGUCACCUAAGUUUCAGUAGUAGCUGUGUUUUUUUUUUAAUUCUUUGGGGCUGUUGUUGAUGAUGUAAAAGCAGAUCGUGCCUACACUGAGUCCAGUGCUGCUCUGUGCUACUUGUUUGACCCAACUAUGACUCCUUUUUUUUUGGCCCCCUACCCUCUUUCUGUUUUCUAUUUUGGUGUGUACCUUUAGAUAUUGUUCAAACUGUGGACUAUUGUGCAGUUUGAAGUUUGUGUAUAUCUCGAUAGGUAUUCAGUGUGUGAGUGUGUAUGGCUGUAGUGGUGUUUAUUUUCAUACUUAAACUAAUAGAUAUAUUUAUUUUUGUUUGCAUGAUUGAUACAAAGGCAGGUGUAAGUCAGUUGUUAAUGUCUGAUUAGUGGGGAUGUUCAUGUGACAUCCCUGUUUUACUCAAGCUGUGUUCCCUGUGAUCCAUGCAUUGUGAAUGUGUCAUAAGAAAUGCAUAUAAUAUAGGCUCCUAAGGUUACAUUAACUUAUACAUUCAUAACCAUACAUAACCUGCAAACACACAUAGUACACACAUUCAGUUUGUGGCCUUUCUUAAAGUUAUUUUUUUCUCUUAAAUGUUGCCAUGUCACGAGAAACGAGAUUAUUUAGAGUGAUCUUUAGCAAAUACAGAUAUAAUAGAUAAAAUAAGAUUUAACUAAGAUUUUAUCAUAUAGAAUGCUGUUCAGGUGUGCAAACACAACUUAAAUAUAUAUGUAUCGUUUUUAACCAAAGAAUAAAUCUACUUUGAAUCAGUCUUUGCACUCCAGUAACCCGCAUUGUAAAUAUCAACAGGGGAGCUGCAGUAGUCACAUGUGUGUGAUUUCUUCAGAGAACAGUGCUCCAAGGCGGUACUUAUGUUUUCAAAUAGCCUGUCGUAAAUUACACACCAGAGAAAAGACACUGUAUUCCAAAUGUUGUCUUUUUGUGUUUGGUUGUUUGGAAGCAGGCUGGUCGUGAAAAGGUGUAUAAUAUAUCAUUAUUUAUUAUCAUGCCAGACAUAAAGUCCCCCCCCCCCCAUUCCUCCACACUGCCCUCACACUGGAUAUCAGCUAUCGCGGUGGUGUUGCCAUGACUACAAUACAAGUGCUCUGAGUUUUUAGUGUGGACUGUGAUACUGCCAUACAAAGAUUCAACACGUUUACCCAGAUCCCACUCUUCCAGUGAGCUGAUGGAAAGUGCAAUACAAGUCAUUGUUUAGUUUUUUUUAGCUUAUUAAUAAUGUACUUUAUUUUUCAAAUCAGAUCUUCCAUCAAAUUCAUUCAAAAAGCUAUAGUCAUCCGCACAUUGAACUGUUUAAAAAUGUUGUCACACUAACGCCACAAUCACUUUGUUGUCGUCAAGCCGCUUUUGUGAAGGGCCAUUCCCUUUUAUCCCAAAACCCCCAAAAGUAAAUUAGCAUUAGCAAGAUUUUUUCAGCAAGCUCUGUGAAUCGUUCUUUCCCUUCUUGUACAAAGUGCCAUUUUAUCUGUGAGUGUAUCCUUGUUAAAGCCAUGCCUGAGGCUAUAUGGAUGUGUUGUUCUGUUUCAUAGGAAACACGUCAAGAUACUUUAUUUCCCAAAGCGAGGGACAUGCAGAGGUACCCCAGUCUGUAAUAUCUGCAUGAUGUGGUUCAGUGAUGAUGAUUGAAUAUUUGACAAAUUGCGAUGUUUGUUUGCCCAUUGUAUUAAGGUAUAAAGUAUAUGUUCAGACCAACAGGACUGUAACCAUUAAGGGCCAUGAUAACUUAUAUAUAUAUGUACUUUAAAACCGGUGUUAGACUGUUUAAAUUAUGAUCAGAAUACAAUAUCAUGUGGAAAAAAAUCUAUUAUGGAUAUUUCCCCCUGUCACUGGCAAUAAAGCUUACUUUGCAAUAUAA